AUGUUGCAGAAACCGAGGAAUCGGGGCCGCCCUAACACCCAGGCCGAGAGGGAGAGGGACUGGGCCCGCGGCGCCGCGGAGGAGGCCCCGAGCACCUCCCGCGGGGCGGGAGGCUCCCAGGAGGCCCGGGGCACGUCGUCGCAGGGCGGCCGCCGGGCCGAGGCCUCCCCCGAGGUGGGGCCCAGGUCCCAGCAGCAGCUGGAGCUGAAGGUGGCCGAGCUAGUGCAGUUCUUGCUGAUUAAGGACCAGAAGAAGAUCCCGAUCAAGCGCACUGACAUAGUGAAGCACGUUAUCGGGGACUACAAGGACAUCUUCCCUGAUCUCCUUAAACUGGCUGCCGAGCGCCUCGAGUAUGUCUUCGGGUACAAGCUGGUGGAACUGGAACCCAAAAGCAAUACGUACAUCCUGAUCAACACUCUGGAACCGGUGGAGGAGGAUGCUGAGGUGAGAGGCGAUCAGGGCACGCCCACCACCGGCCUCCUGAUGAUUGUUUUAGGUCUCAUCUUUAUGAAGGGCAAUACCAUCAAGGAAACGGAGGUCUGGGACUUCCUGCGUCGCUUGGGGGUGUACCCCACAAAGAAGCAUUUAGUUUUUGGGGACCCAAAGAAACUUAUUACCGAAGAAUUUGUGCGACAGCGUUACCUGGAGUACCGGCGGAUACCCCACACUGAUCCUGUAGACUAUGAAUUCCAGUGGGGUCCCCGAACCAACCUGGAAACCAGCAAGAUGAAAGUUCUUAAGUUUGUGGCCAAAGUCCAUAAUCAAGAUCCCAAGGACUGGCCAGCACAGUACUGUGAGGCUUUGGCAGAUGAGGAGGCCAGGGCCAGACCUGAGACAGGUGGCCCCACUCCCUCCUCUUGAAGUCUGAGAGAGAUUUGAGCUCCAGAGGAGGUGUCAAAGGCACUGGGUGAUGGGGCAUAUUUCUGUAACACUCAAAUGUGUGUGGCUUUAGGAUGUGUUUGCAAACUUCUGUUCUCUUUUAAUAUUGUAAGUUAUUUGGUUCCAGCUUUUCACUUAUAAAAAUAUUAGGAGAGGAUUUUUUGUUUUAACUUGUGUUAUUGUCUGUGUAUUUUGGCAUAAAAAUUUUGCUAGCUUUAUGCAAGUAAUUGGAAAACAUUGCACCAUGAUCUGGAACAGGUGUUUAAGAAAGAACACAUUGGUCAAUUGCUUUGGCGCCAAGAAAGUAAAAGCAAAGUGACUACUAUCUGGUGUCUUAACUACCCAGUUUGUAAGUUAAA